UUCUUGUUUUCGUUAUAACAAAAUGGGUCGUGGUCGUAGCUCUGGUUCUUCGAGGCCUAUAUUUAUGCGUUCAGGCGCAAGUCAUACAAGUAAGCCAGCGCCCGUUCCUGUAAAGCGCGCACCAGCGCCAGCUGCGUCAAAGCCAGCUGCGCAGCAACAACACCCACACAAUGGCGCUCAGUCCGCUACCCCUGCUGCUGCAACUACAGGUGGCUCUGGUUUGUUUGGCACGCUGAUGGCUUCUGCUGCUGGUUCUGUUGCAGGUAACUAUAUUGGGAACAGGCUUUUUAGUCAAGGCGAAUCGAUUCCUCCUCAGACGCAACAGGCUAUUGAUUCGGAAUAUGGAGUGUGCUCUCAGCCAUUCAAGUCGUUCCUCGCGUGCGCCGAAGCCAACGCCAACGACAUUGGCGCAUGCCAAUGGAUUUACUCACAAUUUUCCGAUUGUCACCACGCUGCUCAGCAAGCCUAAUUGGAAUUUGUGAUGGAAGCAUGGUCGGGUCACUCGUUUCUGUUUUCGAUUUUACUGGAUGCGCGCCGGUGAUUGGUAUUGUGGAGGAGGUGGUCCCAUCUUGACCUCGAUAAAAAGAACAAAAUCGAAGUGUUUCGAAGUUCUGCUUUUUAAGCUUCAUUAUUUAUUAAAUGCAGUGGUAAUGGUA